CUAUGCAUAAGUACAAAGAAUCUGAGACGAUGUUCUUGCAUUGUAAUCAGCCGAAGCUAUACCCAUGGCAGGUUGAUGGUAAUGGAUUCAGAAAGAUCCAUGACACUGCAGGUAACAAAAGAAGACUGUAUUCCCAUUAUCUUCACGAGGAGUUAGGAUUUGAUGCUGAGGCCAAGAUCUGGGAAUCCAUGCAAUGGCUACUGUGUAACCAUGGAGAUAUAGUCAUACAAGGAUUACACGCACCACAACUAUGGUGCAAGAAAGUCACAGAUCAUCUACAAUGGCUUAGAGCUCAUCCAGAAGAUGUUGAGAUCAAGAUGAAAAAUGUUAAUGGUCAAUGAGACAAAAGUGUGCUCCUAUUUCAUUUGUUUCCUUAGAUAUCCCACCA